ACCAACAAAGGGGUGGGGUAUUUGAUUACUUCUCCGCAUUAGAAUCUAUAGGUCAUAUUAGAAAUUAUCGCAACUUAUUAGUCACAUUUAAGUUUCAUUUUCAAAAUGUCCGGGCAGGGAGAUCGUUUUAACAUAUUUCCAUCUCGGAUGGCGCAAACAGCCAUGAAAGGAAGACUUAAAGGUGCUCAAAAAGGCCAUAGACUUCUAAAACGGAAGGCAGAUGCUUUAACCGUUCGUUUCCGCAGCAUAUUAAAGCAAAUAAUACAAGCGAAACAAGCAAUGGGUGAAGUUAUGAAGGAGGCUAAUUUCUCACUUGCUAGUGUUAAGUUCACAACAGCAGCAAACAUUAACAGCCUAGUACUGCAGAAUGUGACUAAGGCCCAGAGAAAAGUCAAGACGGAUAAAGAAAAUGUUGCAGGUGUGCAGUUGCCGGUUUUCAAAGUCGUUGUGGAGGGGUCUGACACAUACGAAUUGACAGGUUUAGCUGGUGGUGGUCAACAAAUCGACCGACUAAAAAAGAACUACAGCAAAGCUGUUGAUUUAUUAGUUGACUUAGCAUCUCUCCAAACGUCUUUCAUUACUUUAGACGAUAUCAUAAAAGCAACUAAUCGUCGAGUGAAUGCUAUUGAAUUUGUUAUCAUACCGAAAAUUGAGCGUACACUAAACUAUAUUACACAAGAACUGGAUGAACGCGAAAGAGAAGAAUUCUAUAGAUUGAAAAAAGUUCAAGAGAAGAAAAAACGUAAUCGUGCCCUUAAAGAAAUGGAAUUGAAAUCAAAAGGAUUUGAACUAGCCUCAGCUGAUCAUGCUCCAAAUAUUUUAAACCAAGAUGAAAAUGAAGGACAAAUUCUCUUUUAAUUUAUGUAACAUAUUUUGUUACAUUAUUGAAGUCGACGGGUUUUAUAAAUAUAUAUAUAUAUAUAUAUUUACGAUCGGUCGAUUGCGACUAAAUACUGCAUAAUAUAAUUUGUAUACUUUGAGAAGUAGCUAACUUCUCAUCGUAUGCAUCUACAUAUGUUUUCUCUUUAAUUAGUUGUAUUGACAUAUUACUUUAUCGUUUAAAGUUUUGAUAAUUUAUGAUGAAUAUAAUUUGGUUUGUUUGAAGCAAUAGUAAUUUUUGAGUUAACAGUGACGUAAUCAAAUAAACACUUAAUUAAUGUUU